AACAAAUAAAGGAGAUGUCCGUGCAAUCUCAAGAAGUCUGCCAUUGGAGUCUCUGAUCCCUUCGAUGCUCGGCUACAGUAGUAAGAAACGGCACCAAGCUUUUCUUGAGGAGGUCCAUAUGUGCACGAUAUGCCUUAACCAGAGCAAAGGCUCAAACUUCGUCAAGCUUCCAUGCCAGCUUGUUCUGUGUGAAGUGCAUGGAGACCUUAUGCAAGAUGCAUGUGAAGGAAGGCAGUUUGUUUCAGUUAGUCUGCCCUGACACAAAGUGCAAUACUUCCAUUCCACACAAUUUGUUAAAGAGGCUUCUCAGCGUAGAAGAAUUUGAACGUUGGGAUAGGCUUGCUCUUGAGAAAGCAUUGAAGUGUAUGGCAGACGUGGUUUACUGCCCAAAGUGUGAGGUUGGUUGCUUGCAAGAUGACGAUUACAAUGCACAAUGUCCCAAAUGUUCAUUCACCUUCUGCGGCCUUUGCAAGGAACUUUGGCAUCCAGGGAAGCAAUGUCUAACUACAGAACAAAGGCUCCAGCGCCAGAAGGCGUCAGGCAAGUUGACCCAGACGGAGAUGGCACAGGAAAUUCUGAACAUCAGAGAAUUGUACAAAGAUGUUCGGUUAUGUCCCACUUGUCGAGUGGCCAUCAACAGAAUCUCAGGCUGCAACAAAAUGAUGUGCACUAGUUGUGGUCAGUUAUUUUGCUUCCGUUGCUGCAAGGCAAUUAGUGGCUACAGUCACUUCAAGAACUGUGGGCUCUUCGAGGCUAGAGAUACCACAGAAUGGGACGCCCAAAUGACCCAAAUGCAGAAUGGAAUCCAGGAGCGAGCUCAAAACCAACCAUUGGGCGGCAGCAUAAGGUGUCCGAGAUGCCGUGAAAAAACUUUCAAGGAUGAUGACAAAUAUGUCUUCUGCUGGGCGUGCCGAACAAGCUACUGCACGCUGUGCAAACGGGCUGUGGAGGGUAAGAUACUGAAGAGGGGGCACUGGGGAUCGCCGGAAUGCGUGGGGCUUGAAAAUAUGUAGUAGCACCGGCUACCCUUAUGAUGACUUUUAAGUUAUCAUCAUUAUGCUUAUGAGUCGGUUAGUGACUAUAUACACCAUCGAGUCUAUCGUCAUUCUGAUCACCUGGCACUAGUAGAAACAAGGGCUUUUGUCCUGUUCUCG